AUGUUGUACAACGUAAACAGCCCUUAUUAUAGAUAAUUUUUAACUGUAAAUGGAUCAAAAAGAUUAUAAAAAUAAGUAUAAGGAUAAUAAUAAAAUACAGGUAACACAGAUAGCAGACCCUAAGUAAAUCCUGGAUCUCGUGAAGAUGAAAAGCCAUAUAUAUCUGAAGAUUAUAAUGUGGCCUAAAAUAUCGGAGAAGCUUUUAUGAAUGGUUUACAUGCAAUUGGAAAUACAAGUUCAAAUUUAGGAGAUAGUACAGAAUCUUUAGGAAAAGCAGGAAGCGAUUUGGGUGAUGGUAUUUCAAAAGCUUCAAUUAAUUUAGGAGAUACUGCAGAAUCUAUAGGAAAAGCAGGAGGGGAUAUAGGUGAUGGUGUUUCAAAUGUAUCAAAUAAUUUAGGAGACGCAGCUAACGGUGUUGGACAUACAGUUUAAGAUGUUAAUGAUGCAAUUACUUCCUUAUGGGAAGAUGGGGAAGACGAAAAUAAAAAAUAAGAUAAUGAUGGAGAAGAUGGAAAUGAUGGAGAAGAUGGAGAAAAUGAAUAAGAUGGAGAUGGAGAAGGAGGAGAAGAAAAAGUAAGAAAGUUAUAAAAAAAAUUAAUUAUAUUUUUUGAUUAAAAAAAAAUAAUAAAAAAACAAAAUGAAUGA